UAAAUCCUUAAAAUGUGGCUCAUAAAAAAAUCUGCAGUUCAAUAUUUAAUCUAAACACUAUGUUUAAAACCAAAUUUAAUCAAGAGUCUUAUCUGAUUUUAUUUUGCUACUUUCCAUACAUUGUUUUCUCCUUUGUUUUGCUAAAGCUUUAAGUUGUGGCGACCUUGCCUGCGGCUAAACAAAGACACUUGGCAAAAAUUCCAACCACCCACUAGCCCCCAAAAUUUUUUCGCCUGGAUCCAACAAGUGUGUGUGGUAGAGGGGGGAGGGGCUGAUGGCUGGUUACUGGGGGCUGGGCGAGGAAACUUAAAGGGAGAGCGUGCAAAAUACCGACGCAGCACGUGCCAAAAGUGGCUCCAAAGCGACGAACUGCGCAAACUCAUGUUUCAGCGUGUUGUUGCCGCCCAGAGAGGGUGUAAAAAAAUCUCACAUCGGCAGCGGUUCGUCGUCACUCGUCCGAGGUCUCCGUUCGCUGGCAGUUGAACAGCCGCUCAGUCGUCUCCUAUUAUCCUUCUCGUUGGCAAGGACCUGUGUCGCAAUCGCGCAUCGUCCGUUCGUGUGGAGGAAUUGCAAAUCGGAGUGCAAAUAUUUGGCUAUUUGCUGCAAUCAAUCGGAAAGUGAUUGUGGUGAUGAGUCCAAUUGCGGAAUAGACAAUAAUACAACAAUAAACUAAGAACCACUGCAAUAAGCAAUUCAAAGUUGUCCCAUUUAAAUCAAUUGAAUUGCUUCGGACUAACUAAGUAUAAACCUAAUCUAUGACUAUGAACAGCCGAGAGGUUAAAUGACAUGGCAGAGAAACGCCUUCUGCUGGAGCCAUCCGACCUCACAGAGACGGAGGAGCUGGAAGUACAAAUGACCCGACGGAGCGGAGGAGGAGUCCUCCAUGCCAUCCAGCAUCGGACGCUUCCGGUGAGCCGGAAAUCGGUGUUCUGGUUGCUGGUGUCCUUCCUGUUCUGCUACUUCCUGAUCGGGCGACCCGAGUGGGCGAAUGUCCUCGAUCUGGACGUCCUCCACUCGGACAACUACAUCACGGUCCAGCAUCAGUCCACUGUGAUGGAUGGUGAGUCCACGUUGGUAACUAGAUUUGAUCCCGACACACAUAAUGAGAGUAUUCCGUUUGUGCCGAAAGGCUUCCUGGUGUAUAGCAACUCCUGCCGGAUCAUGGAGGUGGAUCCCUACAAGAACGAGGUGAUGCGCCACUUCAAGCGAAUCAAAUACAAGGCCUGUCAGAAGCUGCCGCCCCUAACGCAGGUGAAGUUCCUCGAGAAGUCCCAAAAGUAUCUCCUCAGCAUCGAUGGAGAUGCCUUCAGUCGAUAUCCGGCGAACAAUCACCUCCACUGCUGCUAUAUGGAGAUCCAGCGGGUCAACGAAAUGAAGGUGAAAAACACCAAGUGCCAAACGUUCAAGAAGAGCGUAGAACUGCCCAAUUCAGCAGAGGCCAUCAUCGUGAAGUGCGAUUCCGGCGGACGGCAGAUCUACAUUAAUGGGCAUGCCACCAUUCCCGUCAAGGAGGCAGUGCAGCAGAGACUCCAACAGGCAGCUGAAGAGGAUGCGAGGAAAGAGGAUGAACCCCGAAAACGACCUCCAAGCGUUUUGAUGCUCGGCAUCGAUAGUAUUUCCCGGGUGAAUCUCAUCCGGGCCAUGCCGAAAACCGCCCAGUAUCUGUACGACAACGGAUGGUUCGAGCUGGCGGGUUACAAUAAGGUGGACGACAAUACAUUCCCGAACAUCAUGGCAGUGGCCACCGGCUACAAUCUGCACAACGCGAUGCAGGCGUGCUCGCCCUUCGUGGUCGGUGGCCUGGACAAGUGCAACUACGUUUGGAAGCUGUUCCAGCAGAAGGGAUAUGUCACGGCCUACGCAGAAGAUGCAGUGAAGAUCAACACGUUCAACUACCUGAAGAAGGGCUUCAAGAAUCCGCCGGCGGAUUACUACUUGCGACCGUAUCUCUCCGCUGCCGAAACGCAGCUGGAUCACACGACGGUCAACGGUCUGGUGCACUGCCUCGGCUACGAAACGGCGGCGGAGCAUGUCUACGACUACGGGUUGGAGUUCACCAGAAGAUACCUGAACGACACAUACUUCGGCUUCUUCUGGACAAACACGCACAGCCACAGUGAUAUCUCGCAGACGAGCAGCAUGGAUGACUAUAUGGCGGAGUAUCUGCGGAAACUGGUGCGCCAGGGCACGAUGGACAACAGCGUGGUGGUGUUCUUCAGCGAUCAUGGCAUGCGCUUUGGACCGACGCGGGCCACCUGGUCUGGUCACUUGGAGGAACGUCUGCCGGCCAUCUUCAUUUGGUUGCCGCACCACCUGCGUCGCUCGCAUCCGGAGUUUGUGCGUGGCCUCCAGUUGAACAGGAACCGUUUGACCACGCCCUACGAUCUCCAUCUGACCAUGAAGCACAUACUCUCGCUGUCUGGCCGCACUGACAUGGAAUCCCUGGGACCGGCUCCCGAUUGUCCGCAGUGCCAGAGCCUGCUGCAUCCCGUUUCACCGCUGAGAAGCUGCGCCGAUGUGGGCAUCGCGGAUCACUGGUGCACUUGCUGGGAGUACGACACGAUCUCGAGCAGCUCCAAGGAAUCGCGGAUGCUCGGCAAGCGAGUGGUGAGCUAUCUGAACACCUACGUGGCCGAGUUCCGGAACGGAACCUUCGCCAAGCUGUGCGUACCGCUCUCCCUGCACAGCAUCAAAUCCGCGUUCCGGGCGCAUCAGAAUGCCCUCGAUCCGGAGGAGGUGCACACCUAUCGACUGAUCUUCGUCACGUCGCCGAACAAGGCCCAGUACGAAGCCACCUUGCGGCACAAUCACACGGAUGACUCCGUAAAGGUGACGGGAUCCGUGAGCAGAUUGAACGUCUACAGUGGCGAGGCGGAUUGCAUGAGUGAUUUCGCUGCCAAAAAGUAUUGUUACUGCCGGAAAAAGAAGGGAUAGAAGCAGUAGAUUUAGAACUAAGGCUAGUGCCCAAGUGCCGUUACUCAGAUUAGGAUCUGAUAGUACAACAAUUAUCUUAAACUUACACUAUAGGCAUAUCUUCCCUUUCUCUCUCUCUCUCUGCCUGAAACUUAAGCUUCUGGGGGUUUAAAAAUAUUAAUUUGGUUCUCUGAAAUCAAGGAAAGGAGUCCACAUAUUAUCACAUCAAAAGAGAAUACAACUCAGUUUAUUAAACACUUAUUAAUACCUUAAUUAUUAUUUAAAGAUCUAUAGAAGUUUGAGAAACACUUUGUAUAUUCCAUGUUUAGGCUUAGUUGCUAUCCUUGUAAAUAAUUUACUCUCCCAGCUCAAAGAGUCUUUAGCCAAUAAUUAGUUAAGUCAUGUCUUUAUGUAUAGUUAGUCGGUUAACAACUAAUUGUUACACUUAUGAUUUGAUAUAUGUGUUAAACUUAUAGGGAUAUAAGUUAUGAUGUUAUACUUCAAAAAUAAUUCUGUUAAAAAUAAAAUGUCCAGUACUUGAAACAUCUA